CAACCCCGUGUGUGUGCUGAUACAACGCUGUCGAACUCCUUACUCGACGUCUUGUCUUCUUUGCAAACACUGCGAGUUACACCCCCAAAUUCCCCGUACGUUUCAGCCCUGCAGGCGGCUCGCACACCACCACAUUACACAUUCGGCGCGGCCUAGCUCGCUGGUCGCUCAAUAAUUGGCCGUCUUGCCCAACUCGCCGCUUCUUUGAGCGACGUUGCCAACACCGCCUUUGUACCCUACAAAGACAAGAUACACAUACAUAUAUACAUACGCACAAACACGUCAUGUCAACAGCAGCAGCAAGCAAGCCGCCUGCCACGAGCACGUCUCGUCGCGACGCCGCUGCCAAGACGUCGUCAGCUUCACCAGGGGCUGCAAGCCGCACGCCUGCCCGCUCCUCCACCCCGACUACCAAUGGCGCCAGCGCAGUCUCGCGCACAAAAUCUGUCCGUGGAGGCACCAACGGCGCCCCCGUCUCUGCACGCGCUGCUGUCAAGAAGCCUGCUACCCCCUCGAACCUGAGCAAUGCGUCGCAGGCCGAUGCUGACGAGGCCCGAGAUGAGCAGGCCGCCCUGCUUCAAGAUCUCAAGGAGCGCCUGCAAAAGGUAGAAGGCGAGGCAGAAGAGCGCCAGAAGCAGAUCGAGGUCUUGACUGCUCGGCUGGACGAAGCGCUCGCAGAGCAGGCCAAGCUCGAGGAGCGCGCACACGAGGAGGAAGAAAAGGUCGAGGCGCUAGAGAACGAGAAGCGCGAGCUCACCCGCCAGCACCGCGAAUUCGAAGCCAUCUACGAAGCCGAGCGUGCCCAGGCGAUGAAGGAAAAGGAGGAGACGCAGGCACGACAGGAAGAAAUGCAGGGCACUAUCCAGCGACUCAAGGAGACCAUGGCGACCAAGAACAUGCCCACUGGCGAGCCAGAGGGCGAGGGCGAGCAGCACCUAUCACGCACAUCGAGUUUCCGCAAUGCGUCUUCACGCAACAACUCUUCGCAGAACCUCGAGAAUGUCGCCUCUUUCGCGCCGCCCAACUCGGUGCAGCGCAGCAACUCGCGCAGCAACUCGAAGCUCAUCAACCAGAAAGACAAGAUCAUCGAAGAUCUGCGCCUAGAGCUCGCAGAGUACCAGGUAAAGAUGCUUGAAGUAGAGAAUGCUGGUGGCGGUCGUCUGCGCGAGCUCGAGAAGCAACUGCUGGAGACGCGCAUGACCAACGCAAGGCUCAUGGAGGAUAAUGAGAGUUUCCAGCUUCUGCUGGGUGAGAAGACCCUUAAUGGAGACUUGAGCCGCGGCGAUUUCUUGCGAGAGGCUUCCAGUGCCGACGACCGCGCUCCAUCUCGCAGCGGCCCUUCGACAAGCCUGGCUGACGAGCUUCAAUCGGCAGAAGAGGGUGACGCAGAAGUUGUUCGCAAGCUCGAGACAGAGCUCAACAGCAUGAAGGCCCAAAACCAGGCCCUCACUCUUUACAUCAACAAGAUCAUUGGCCGCCUGCUCACCCACCAAGGCUUCGAAUCCGUCCUUGGCAACGACGCCGACAACGAACAAGGAGGCCCCGAUAAGAAUAAAGAGCUUCCACCUCCGCCGCCCCAGGAGAAUGAGCAGCCCCAAGGCUUCCUCCAGCGCGCCAAGUCCGUGGCCAUGGGUAACAAAAACAAGCCCCGGCCCCUCAGUGGCACCAUGGGUCCGCCACCCCUAACCCAGCAGAGUGCACACGAAGACCCAGCCACAGCGCCCAGCAUUCCCCUUACGCGCUCUGCAUCAAGUCGUCACCCAAGCGGCAGCCAUCGCCGAUCAACGUCCGAUGUUCCUGGCGCCGCCGGUAUUGUUAAUAACAUGUACCGCCCAGGAGCAUCCAACCCGGCUUCGCCCGGCGUGGUCUCGCCCCGCAACUCCUUUUUUGGCCUACCAGUCAACAGUGGGCCAGGAUCCAGCAACCCCGUUUCCAGAGUUCCAUCUGGUCAGGGCCCCAUCCCAGAGGACAAGGAGGUGGAUGCUCGCACCGAGUCUUCGUCGGCCAGUCACGUUGAUACACCUAGCCCGCCGCGUCAGCUCGUGCGCAGUGAGACCAGCACUAGGGUCAUGACAGGCAAGGGCAUGCAACCGCUGCGCCUGGUCCAGAACGAAGAAGAGGCUAUGAAGGCGCGCAAAGCUGCCAACAGGACCAGUUGGUUUGGUGGCCUUUUCGGUCAGACGCCGCCUCAGCAGCAACAGCAACAGGACACUGCCUAGUUGCGUCGUCAACUGGGCUGACUUGCUUGCUUACUGGUUGGUUUCCUUCUUCUUACUUGUUUGAUGUGAACUCUUUUUUUGAUCCCCCUCAUGUAAGUAACUUUCAUCAUCAUCAUCACGAGCCCAAUAUUUUUAUUUUUGGAUACGACGGCACACGUACGACUUAAUGCAGGAAACAACUCAAGAAGAACGAAGUAAAUGGCCAAAGAAAUACUUGUUUUUAUUUCACAAACAAAUGGGGAUUGAUUGAUGGAAAUACGUGUCACAUGUAUACACU